GUGAACAAGAUGGAGCUGUGCAGCUGCCAAGUAUGACCUGAAACAUGCCUUGAAUUGCCACCGAAUGAAACCUGCUCUUUUCAGUGUGCUAUGUGAUAUUAAAGAAAAAACAGUGUUAAGUAUACGUGGUAUUCAGGAAGAAGAUCCCCCUGAUGCUCAGCUAAUGAGACUAGAUAACAUGUUGCUGGCUGAGGGUGUCUCCGGGCCUGAGAAGCGGGGAAGAGGAGGACCAGCGGCCAUAGCAGCAACAUCAGGUGGCUGUCCAAAUGACAAUAGCAUUGAACACUCUGACUACAGGGCCAAGCUGUCACAGAUCCGACAGAUAUACCACUCUGAGCUAGAGAAAUAUGAACAGGCCUGCAGUGAGUUCACCACUCACGUUAUGAACCUACUUCGGGAACAGAGUAGAACAAGGCCAAUCUCACCCAAAGAAAUAGAGCGUAUGGUGAAUAUAAUUCAUGGAAAAUUCAGCACCAUCCAGAUGCAGCUGAAACAAAGUACGUGUGAGGCUGUGAUGAUUUUGCGAUCGAGGUUUCUUGAUGCAAGGCGAAAGCGACGUAACUUCAGCAAGCAGGCAACAGAAGUCUUGAAUGAGUAUUUUUAUUCUCAUCUGAGUAAUCCUUACCCCAGUGAAGAAGCCAAAGAAGAACUAGCAAAGAAAGGAGGCAUUACAGUCUCACAGGUCUCCAAUUGGUUUGGUAACAAGAGAAUCCGGUACAAGAAAAAUAUGGGGAAAUUCCAGGAGGAGGCCAAUAUUUAUGCAGCCAAAACAGCAGUGGAUGCAACCAAUGUGGUGGCCCAAGGCAACCAAACAAGCUCUCCCCCCACUCCAAAUUCUGGUUCCUCUGGGUCAUUUAAAAUGACAAAUUCUGGAGAUUCCUUUAUAAACCUGCAGUCACUCAGUUCCUACCAGAAUUCACCAGUGGGAGCCAAUGUGCAGUCACAGAUGGAUUCCUUACACCAUGUCAUACACCAGGCAGGAAGAUAUGACAGCAUUGUGGGGAACCCCCUAUAUUCGACACAGCGCAUUGAUGCUAAUGGCAGCUGGCAGGACGCUACUACCCCUUCAUCAAUCACUUCACCUACCGGAGAUCCAGGAAGCAUUAAUUCAGAUGCAUCUAAUUAAAUUUUUUAGGACCUGUUGAGGAGAGGAAAGAGGUCAUUAGUGUAUCUUGUCAAUGUUGCUCUUUUUUUUUUU